AUGAACAACUCGUUUCAGGUACCACCGAGGGAUGCCAACGGCUUUCUGGAUCGAAAGCCAGUGUUGGCGUCGUCUUCCUCAUCAUCCACAGGAUACUAUCCGAGUAACGCACCACAAGCGCCCGCAACAACCCGUUCCCACGGCCAAAGCUGUGUGUCUGCCUUGAAGAUGGCCUAUGAUAUGGCCAGCAAGUCCUCCAGCAGCAGCAGCAGCCAUCCAACGGCCAAGCAUCCAAUCAUGCCACUAGUUGGUGGGAGUGUGACUGUGAUUGGCAGUGCCAGUAGUAGUAUCACGAGUAGUUUUGGUGGUAGUAGCAGCCAACCCGUGUCGGGGGGCUCUAGCUUGGCGGGCGAGUCCCUCAUCCGGGGACUCAAUAGCGAGCACGAGUCCAACAAGAGGCGACCAAAUACGGAAGACGAAUGGGAAAAGUCCUUUGUGGGAAGCUCCUCUGAGCUGCCCUUGGAGAGACCAAGAUCUCAACAGAUGGAUGCUCUCAUUGAUGAGUAUGGGAGAUCCAUGCCAUCAGCUUCCUCUCUGCUUCACAUUCUCUUGCAGAACCAAGACAGAGACGAGAUCUUUGGAGAGGAGGAGGAAGAUGAAGAUGGUGACCUAGACAUGCUUUUCGAAUCCACGUCCUCUUUUGGGGAUGAUCUGCCGACCUACUUGCUGAUGGAGGAGGACUAG